ACAGCUCAAAAUACUGAACUACUCUCUCACUACUCAGAUAGAGAUAUCAACAUACAGGCCGGAUUCAUGGGAGUUUGGUCAUCAAAACCUCGGGCCGAAGGCGACGUACGUAGCCAAGAGAGUGACAAUGGUAGCGCUAGAUUCUAUCGACGCCCAAGAGGGCGAGUGGAGAACAAGUUGAAGGAUCUUGGAGGUUACUUGCCAUUAUACAAAGCCGUGGUUAAAGGUGAGUGGAAUGAAGCCAGGAAAUUUUUGGACGACGAUCCUGAGGCAUUGACAGCUAAGAUCACCAUAGCCUCAGAAACAGUACUCCACAUCGCGGUUGGCACUGGGAAAGAUCUUGAAUUUGUGGAUAAACUGAUAAAGAGGAUGUCCCCUGAAGAUUUGGCACUCACUGAUCAAAAUGGGGAGACUGCCCUUUCAGUAGCUGCAGUGGUUGGCAACAUUCGAGCAGCUAAAUUAUUGGUUAGCAAAAAUCCCGAUUUGCCUAAUAUUUCAGGCAAAUCAGGCUUGCCUAUUCAUAGGGCAGCACAGUAUGGCCAAGAAACAAUGACCCGGUAUUUGUUGGAUGUUACUAGAGAUGACAUUGAGUCGAGUCCUUUUGCAGGCGAAUCUGGUGGUAAACUCCUCAUUGACAUUAUUACUGCUGAAUUUUUUGGCAUUGCUCUGUAUUUGGUUGGACGGUACCCGGAGAUGGCCACAGCUGAGGUACAUGGUGUAGGUUCACCCUUGUCUGUGCUAGCCAGAAAGUCUAAUGCUUUCCCCAGUGGUGCUGUUUCACGUUGGCAUUUACUAUUCGAUUAUCAUGUUAAAUUUCUUCAACAAAUCCAACAAAGAGCACAAAUGCAACAUAACGCACUUGAGCUAGUAAAAAGCUUGUGUACGGAGAUACUAGAGUUAGAUGAUGCCAAAGCCUUCUCUUUACUUCAACAACCACUUCUGAUCGCCGCGAGGUUAGGCACUCAUGAAAUCAUAGAAGAGAUUGUAGAGGCAUUUCCCCCAGCAAUUUGGGCUUCAGAUGAGGAGAAUCACAACGUUUUUCAGUUAGCUGUCUUACAUCGCCGAGAAAAUGUUUUCAAUCUUAUAUAUCAAAUGAGUGAUUACAAGCAUCUAAUUACAAGAUAUAUAGAUCACCCACAUGAUAAUAACAUAUUACAUUUGGCCGGUCAAUUACCAUCUUCAGACCGGCUUAACCUUGUCUCAGGCCCAGCUUUACAAGUUCAACGAGAGUUGCAAUGGUUUAAGGAAGUGAAGAAGUUUGUGCAACCGGGUCAAAAAGAGGCGAUAAAUAAAGAUGGAAAAACCCCAUGGAUGGUCUUCAGGGAGGCACACCAACAACUGAUGAAAGACGGGGAAGCAUGGAUGAAGACUACAGCACAAUCAUGUACAGUUGCCGCGACACUGAUUGCAACAGUAGCGUUCAAUGCAGGACUACAUAUACCUGGAGGUAAUAACAACCAAGACGGCCAACCCCUAUAUUCUUACAAACCUGCCUUUGGUGCAUUUGCUGUGGCAGACGCGAUUUCCCUUUUCUCUUCAGUCACUUCCAUCCUUAUGUUUCUGUCAAUCCUAACAUCACGUUACUCAGAAGAUGACUUCAGAAUUGCACUGCCAAGAGGGUUGGUUGUUGGAUUGAGCAUGCUUUUUAUUUCCAUAUUAAGCAUGAUGAUAGCCUUCAGCUCAGCAAUCUACCUUGUGUUCGGUCUUGAGAGGGCUAGGACCGUGAUUCCUGUGGGUUCGGUUCUUGUGCUGCCAGUCACCUUGUAUGUGUUAUUGCCCCCUCUAUAUCAAAUAAUUUUCAAGUCCAAAAUUAUUGGUCCUGGCAUUUUUGGCAAGCAAAGCACCCGCAUACUUCACUAAGUAAUUCCAUACCAUUUAGUUAAUGUUGCAUCACCAAGCUAAGAAUGGAAAGUGCCAAACCUUGUGAUCUAAUAUAUCUUGUAAUUUUAACGUUCAUAUUUGUCAUACCGUAUUUGUAAAUUUUUUUGAAAAUUUUGAUAUUAUGAAGUAAUCUAAAAUGAUUCUAACAUAUUACAUAUGAAAACAUUAUUCGUCCUUUUUAAAUUGCAUUCGUUGAGAUUUUUAUGCUUGUCAAUACACAUUUUAUAUCAUUAACAUCUUUAAUUACACGUUGGUGGUUAUUAUAAAAAAUUAAUUCUGUAAAUAUAUAUAUCGAGAUAAAUCUAACAA